AUGAAAUUAACACAAGAAGAACGAGAAAAUUUAUUUAAAAAUAAUAAUAAAGAAUCUCCAAAAUGUGAUUUAUGUAAUUUAAAACAUUUUAGAUGUAAAGAAACAACUUGUAAUAUGUGUUGUAAUUUGAAUAAAUGUAAUUCAUAUCCAUGUAAAAAUUGUGAAGAUAAAAAAAUAGAUUGUGAAUAUUCGAUUAUAAGGAACAAAGAAGAAUUUGAAACAUUUGAAGAAUUGGGUAUGACAGCUUACAUCGGACAAAUAGAAAAUACCAAAGAUGGAAAACCUCACGUUCAUGGUUAUUGUCAAUUUAAAAAAGCAGUUAAUACUGGAAAAGUAAAGAAAAUGUUUGGGGAUAAUUCAAU